AAAAGAGUCAUUAACGUGAUUAAGGAUCCCACCCAACCUGCUUGUGGACUGUGUGUGCCACUCCCAUCAGGGAGGAGUCUAUGUAGCAUCCACACCUCCUCCCACUAACCCACCUCUCCACACCCCCACCACCAUCACUUAAUAAUUUCCUGUCAAGUCACCUUAUGUAGAGACACGACUAUGCCUAGCAUCACUUUAUGGACAUACAACCGAUCUAUUCGUGGAAGGGCUAUCUUUGCUGGAUCUAGGUGUGUCCCCAUACACUGGGAAUGUGUUCCAUGAAACUCCACUUAUUAUCUACCUGUUCCAUUUCCUUAUUGAUUAUGCAGAGUUUGUCUUUAUGGCAAUGGAUGUUAUAACUGCAGUUGCACUCUAUCUUGUUGCUGAGGAUUUCAAUAAAGUUGUGUUUAGGAAACAGCGGCUUGCAUUUGAAUUCAAGAAAUAUGCUUCAGAUAUCAUCACACUUGUCAGGACUCCUAAAGAAAUGUAUCAUAUUCCUCUUAAGGUAGCACUGUUUUACCUCCUGAAUCCAUUCACUGUGCUCACCUGUGUGGCAAAAUCAACCUGUGCGAUCAACAAUGCAAUCGUUGCCAUUUUUAUUUUAGCCACCGUGAAAGGAAAUGCCUUUAUUAGUGCGAUAUUCUUGUCCUUGGCUGCAUACCAAUCUUUGUAUCCCAUGGCAUUGUUUGCCCCUGCCUUGCUGUACCUAGCACAGAAAAACCAUGUAACAGUGAGUCUCCAUAGUACGACUUUCCUGGCACUUUUGCUCAAAUAUGCAGUCAUGUUUAUUGGCUGUUUGCUGAUCAGCUUAUGCUUGUCGUUUUUCUUACUGAGUUCGUGGAGUUUCAUUCCCUCUACGUAUGGCUUCAUCCUUUCUGUUCCAGACCUUACACCAAACAUUGGCUUAUUUUGGUACUUCUUUGCCGAGAUGUUUGAGCACUUCCGGCUAUUUUUCGUGUGUGUGUUUCAAAUCAAUGUAUUCUUCUAUACUCUUCCAUUAUCCGUGAAAUUAAGAGAUCAUCCCAUGUUCUUCAUGUUCAUUCAGAUUGCAAUCAUUGCAAUUUUUAAGAGUUACCCGACUGUAGGUGAUGUAGCACUGUAUAUGGCAUUCCUACCCAUGUGGAAUCACCUUUACCGAUUCCUUCGGAACAUCUUUGUGGUAUCGUGCAUGCUGAUCUCCUCAUCUGUGUUGUUCCCAGUUUUGUGGCAUCUUUGGAUCUAUUCUGGAAGUGCAAAUUCCAACUUCUACUAUGCCAUUACCUUGGCAUUUAAUGUUGGGCAGAUUCUGUUGGUUUCUGAUUAUUUCUACGCCUUCUUACGGAGAGAGUAUCAUCUUGUCAAGGGACUUCAUUUAAAAUCCAAGGAUGGGAAAGAAGCACACGUCAUUCUUUCUUAAAGGACCAUUAGCACCCACUUAUUAACACGGAAGUUCCUGAUGUUAUUUUGUACGAAAGAUACUGUUGCUAAGGGCAUCGUUAACUGAUGUACCUAUUGUGGGGCAGCAACGGAUUGCAGGAUUCAAUCACUUAAAAUGUAUUUGUUUUUAACAGAGCUGAAAACACAGGAAGAUUUUUAAGUUCAGAUUGCAGUCAACAUGAAAUGUUAUAGAAUAUGUUUUUUUUAAAGUUGUCCUUAAUUUUAUUUUCUAAUUCUGAACAACAAAGGGGCAUUUCACUGGAACAAUACCGGCCUGAGAGUUCAGGUACUUCUGGCUCAGUAUUUGUAUUUGUACACGUUUCCUUUUGCAAUACGUUACCUGAUGGUGGGUCUCUAAAUACAAGGGCUCCCACAGAAUGUGAACACAUUUCCUUUUUCUCAGGUGUUUUCUAGUUUGAGUCACAAGGCAGGAACUUCCAACACUGCUAUCAAGGGGCUCAGGAAAACCAGUCUUAAUGGCUGAGUUACAUAAAUGCCAGGUGAAGGGUUGUCUUUUCUGUUGGGUUAAUGUAACAUCUGGUCAGCUGUUCAUCAUAAUGGGAAGUGGAGUUGGUCUUGCUGCAAAAAUGUGUGUCUGUGUGUGUGUGUGUGUAUGUGUGCCGCCUGUGUCUGUGAUAAAUGGGAUAAAGUAUUGUCAAUCAUUAACUGUACAAUACAUCAUCUUCCUUACAAUCUUGUGUUAUACCACACUCUGCUCUACAUCCCAAAAUGAUUGAAAGAUGCUAUUGAUAAAGUUGAUCAAAAGCUUUUCUCUGAAUUUUUUAGUUCACAUUAUUAUCCCAUGUAAUGGAAUGUUUUUCUUAAGAUAUAAGAGUCCAUCAGAAUAAGACAAUUCCAUUAGAACAGAGAGUGUGGAGAGCAAGUUUCCUAUUAUGAGGGAGUCUAGGACCGGAGGCCACAGCCUCACAACAUCCUCUUAGAACAGACGAGAAGGAUUUCUUUUAUAUAAAAGUUCAAAGUAAAUUUAUUAUCAAAGUACUUGUUUGUCACCAUGUGCAACCCUGAGAUUCAUUUGCCUAUGGGCAUACUCAGCAAAUCUAGAUUAGUAUCUAUAAAAGGAUCAACGAAAGAUCAACCAGAAUGCAGAAGACAACAAACUGUGCAAAUGCAAAUAUAAUUAAAUAGCAAUAAAUGAUAAGAACAUGAGAUAAAGAGUCCUUAAAGUGAGAUCAUAGGUUGUGGGAACAUCUCAAUGGAUGGGCAAGUGAGUGGUGUUAUCCCCUUAGUUCAAGAGCUUGAAGGUUAAGGGGUAGUAAAUGUUCUUGAACCUGGUGGUGCAAGCCAUCUACCUGUAGCAGCAGCAAGAAAAUAGGAUGGCCUGGAUUAAGGGAUCAUUGGAAGGUAUGGGGGUUCGUGAAAGCUCGCCAUGUUCUGACAGUCAAAGUGAGCAUGGAAGGCAUUGAACUCAUCUGGAAGCGAAGCCUUGAUGUCUCCCAGGUUGCUUGAUUUAACUUUGUAGGCAAUGAUAGCAUUCAAGCCCUGCCACAGCUGUCAAGCAUCCCUUGAUCUGUUUGGUCCCAGAAUCUCCAUUUCACCCAUGAGAUGGCUUUCCGGAGAUCAUACCCUCAGCAAAUUCCAGAUCUUAUGGUUCAUCCAGGGCUUCUGAUUGAGGAAGACUCAAUCAUUUAGUGGGGACACACAUCUACAGCUGUUUUAAUAAAGUCCAUUACAACCAUGGUGUAUUCAUUCAGAUCUCUAGAUGAGUAAUUGAAUACAGCCCAGUCCACUGACUCAAAGCAAUCCUGUAGCCUUUCCUCUCUCCCCACAAUCACCUUACAGUUUUCCUGAUCUCUGGAGCCUUUCUUUUUAGGCUUUGCCUGUAUGCAGGUAAGAGGAGGACAGCCAAAUGAUCUGAUUUACCAAAAUGCGGUCUGGGCAAGGACCAGCAGGCAUUCCUCAUCUUAGUGUAGCAAUGGUCUAGUAUGUUGGGACCUCUGGUGCUAUAGGUUAUAUGCUGGUGAUAAUUGGGCACCAUUUUCUUCAAACAAGCCUGGUCUCCAACUAUAAUUUGAAAUGUGUCAGGAGUUUAGGCAGAGGAUGGUGAAUCUAUGGAAUUCAUUGUCACAGAUGGCAAUGGCAGCCAUGUCAUUGGGUGUAUUUAAAAUGGAGAUUGAUAGGUUUGUGAUUAGUA